GUAUAUAGAUAAUCCCCACCAAAGAAUAAUAUUUCUGGAGUGGGUAUUUUAAUGCUUGGUGUGUAACGCACUGUCGCAUUUUCCGACAAAGCUGGAAGAAAAAUCAGUACAUCUUGUGGAAGAAUAGUGUCCAACACUUUGACAACUGAAGAUGGUUGCUUUGAAAUUCUUAACGCCAGAGCAGAAGCAAUUCUGGCGAGACAAUGGCUACAUUAAAUUGACGAACGUGUAUUCCUUGAAGGAGAUGAACGAAAUAUCUUAUGCUUACAACGAAUUAUUCGAGAGGAAGCAUCGUGAAAAUCUGGCGGGUUUGGAGUCUGCUUGGAUCGGAGAAGAGAUGAAGAAAGCUGCUGGAUACAUUGAUUAUACUGUGAAAUCCAUUCACAAUCUGCAAAUGCAUAGCGCAGUCUUUACUCGCGCCAUCACGCACCCGAAUCUAUUGGACGUCCUCGAGGAUGUCAUGGACACCGAGGAUAUCCUGCUACAUCACACCAAGGCACACAUAAAGCCACCAGAAAAAGGAGCGCCCUACCUGAUGCAUCAAGAUUACCAUUACUUCUCUCAUAACAAGCACACCAUGCUAGCUGUGUUUCUACAUUUAGACGACACGACGCCAGAGAAUGGUGGUUUAGCGGUAUAUCCCGGUAGUCACAAGUUAGGACCGUUGACGGAUCACGGGGUGACCGAUGAGAAAGGCGAACGGUAUCAUUACGUUGAUCCCGAGAAGUAUCCGUUGUCGAAAGCCGUGCCCGUAUCAGCGAAGAAAGACGAGAUUAUCGUCUUCUCCUAUUUGCUGCUCCAUGGUUCGUAUCUGAAUUUGUCUGAGAAAAGCCGACGUAUGUUCUUGUUGCAAGUGAGAGCCGCCGACGACGAGCCGACCGAGGACGUGCACAAAUCCCCCUGCCAGGGCCUGCUGCUGCGUGGUAGGAAUGUUUACAAAGAUACGUCGAUGGCCAACAGAUUCACGCAUUGAUGUAAUUAACGGUAAAUUAAGAAUUGAGCAAACGUAUAUUCGAAGUUUACAGUUGAUUGCAAUAAAGCAUAAGAUCAUGUGUCUCAGAAUAUAGUUCUCUAUAUAGAUACUUUUGCAGUGAUUCUUAGUUUGUCAGUCGUUCUAACUUUUCGAGCUUCGUUUCGAAUUUCAUAAAAGCCCCGAAAUGUAGGUUUUUGAAAAGUAUCAUUGUGAUUUAGCUUCAUGUCAUUAUCCAUGAUAUAGUCUUGAAGUGACAUCCGACACAUUUUAAUAAACAAUGCUAGAGCAUAAUUUUACCUCUGAAUGCAUAUUUUAUUGUUACUUGCAUUCUGUGAUAUAACCACUUUUUCUGCAUGAGAAAUGAUGUUGACUACAUGGUUUCAAAUAUACAAGAUGGGCAAUAGAUAAUAAAAUAAAAAUCAGUGACAUUUGAUGGAACAAUGAUGGAGUCAUCGUGAAAAUUUGCCUGCAUUUAUCGAUCCAGGUAGCAAAUGUGUCUUUAUCCAAAGGCAGCAAUGACCGCCGAAAACAAUUUAUUGAGGAAGCGCAUAAGUCAUCAUCAAAGUUACAAUAUUUCAAAUCUACAAAAUAAAUCAUAUAACAUAAAAA